AUGUCUGGCCUCGUUGCCUAUGCGAGCAGCGACGAUGACAGCGACAAUGAUCAACCGCCCCAGCAGCGACAGGCGCAACAAGAGCGAAGCUCAUCCGAUGUUGCGGCCGCAGCAAUCGACCCCGAGUCUCGUAAGCCUGCACGUCAGUCAAAUACAGACGAACUCGUCUCGCAGUCAAGCAUGCUGAACGUACCCGCAGGCGCCAACCCUUCGAGGCUAGAGACGGCGUCAAAGCCGGAGACGGCGUCAGCAAAGCCAGAGACGGCGUCGAAAGCAGAGAUGGCGUCGAAAGCAGAGAUGGCGGCGACGCAGGAUCUACCUCCCGUCAUCGGCCCCGUCGUCCAAAGCACGGUUCCCCUGGGACCAUCUCUGCCCGCUGCGGAGGAUCUGCCCACGGCGAGCGAGGAUGACGCCGGCUCGGCGCCGUCGUCACCGUACUCGGCGAAUCGCGCGCUCAUCCACGACCUCACCCUACCUUCCCUCCCCGACCUGGACAUCCCCCCUUCACCGCCAGGCUCCCCACCGGUGCGGGUGAGCCAAACGUUUGAGCAGUUCCUCGAGCUCAAGAAGAAGGGCACCCACUUCAAUUCGAAGCUGGAGCAGUCGACGGCGCUCCGAAACCCGAGCUUGAUGGACAAGCUCCUAAAGUUUGCCGGGCUCGACGCGGAGCAGCAGUACGAGACGACGUUGUCGCGCGACUUGUGGCAUCCCACCGGCUUUCCCGACGACGCUUUCGUCGAGAGGCUACGGAUCAGCCGGGAGAAGCUUGCAAAGGAGAGGGAAGCGGCCAAGUCGAGCAACGGAGGGAGAGUGUCUGUCGAGUUUGUGCCCUCGACCACGGCUGGGACUGGAAACGGCGGAAACUCCACGAGCAGAGGCGAGAAGCGGAAAGGUGGCUGGAACUGA